GGCAGUGCUCUGUUGUCGCAGAUGUCUCUUCCGGGUCAAACCUGUCAUUACCCCGCCUCUGUCGUUCCACAGUCCUUCCGGUCUGACCGCCAUCAUAGACAGCAGAAAUGGCUAUCCGCUACCCUAUGGCUGUUGGCCUUAACAAGGGCCACCCAGUCACCAAAAAUGUGACUGCCCCCAAACACAGCCGCCGGCGUGGGCGUCUAACCAAACAUAGCAAGUUUGUCCGGGACAUGAUCCGUGAGGUGUGUGGCUUUGCUCCAUAUGAGAGGAGAGCCAUGGAGUUGCUCAAGGUGUCCAAGGACAAGCGAGCCCUCAAGUUCAUUAAGAAGAGGGUAAGUUAGUGUUUGUCAAGUCUAGAGUG